AUGAUGAUGAUGAUGGUGGUGGUGGUGGUGGUGGUGGUGGUGGUGGUGGUGGUGGUGGUGGUGGCGGUGGUGGUGGUGGUGGUGGUGGUGGCGGCGGCGGCGGCGGCGAUGAGGACGACGACGACGACUGAUGAUGAUGAUGAUGAUGAUGAUGAUGAUGAUGAUGAUGAUGAUGAUGAUGAUGAUGAUGAUGAUGAUGAUGAUGAUGAUGAUGAUGAUGAUGAUGAUGAUGAUGAUGAUGAUGAUGAUGAUGAUGAUGAUGAUGAUGAUGAAUAA